AUGAAGACUGAAGUAGUGAUCGUCGGUGCCGGGCCUUCCGGUUUGGCCACCGCUGCAUGCCUCAGUGUUCUCUCUAUUCCCUACGUGGUGCUCGAGAGGGAGGCCUGCAGUGCGUCGCUGUGGAAGCUUCGGACCUACGAUCGUGUGAAGCUUCAUUUGGCCAAGCGGUUCUGCGAGCUGCCGCACAUGCCGAUCCCCAGAAACGCCCCGACCUUCGUCCCCAAGAAUCAGUUCAUCCAGUACUUGGACGCUUACGUCGAACGUUUCAACAUCAACCCCGUUUACUCCACUCACGUCGAGCUCGCCUCCUACGACGAAGCCAGCAAGACCUGGCGCGUCAUGGCGAGGAACGCGCUGACCGAUCAGGUCGAGGAGUACAGGAGUCGGUUCUUGGUGGUGGCUUCCGGCGAGAACUCCGAAGGGUUCAUCCCGGACCUCCCCGGCCUGCAGAGCUUCUCCGGGAAAAUCCUCCACUCGUCGUCCUACAAGUCGGGCAGACCCUACACCAGCAAGAAAGUCCUCGUCGUCGGAAGUGGCAAUUCCGGGAUGGAGAUAGCUUAUGAUCUGGCGGAACACGAAGCGAGGACUUCCAUAGUCAUCAACAGCCCGCUUCAUGUGGUGACCAAGGAGAUGAUACAUAUGGCGAUGGUCAUGCUGGGUUAUCUCCCUGUAAGUGUGGUGGAUGCAUUAGUUGUCCUUCUGUCCAAGUUGAAGUACGGAGACUUGUCCACGUACGGCAUUGUUAGACCAAGCUUGGGGCCGAUGCGCCUCAAGGCCGUCACCGGAAGGUCAUCCGUUAUCGACGUCGGGACCAUCGAAAAGAUCAAGACGGGAGAGAUCGAGGUGGUGAAGGGCGUAACCAACAUCAGAGGAAAUGAGGUUGAGUUCGAAGAUGGCAAAUCAUACCAUUUCGAUGCUAUAGUCUUUGCCACCGGCUUCAGAACCAAUCCCGGGAAAUGGCUACAGGAUGCUGAUUCAUUCAUAGGCGAAGAAGGGUAUCCCAGACAAAAGUUUCCAAAUCACUGGAAGGGAAGGAAUGAUCUCUACUUUGUAGGUUUUGGUAGAAGUGGGUUGGCCGGUUGUUCGACGGACGCUCAAAACGCUGCCGAUGACAUCGCCAGAAAGAGAACAACAAUUUCUUAUUCUUCACAGAGAUAAUGAUGAAUUAGAAACAAUGUCGGUCUGUAGUUUCGUUGAGCAGCAUGAUAUAUCAUAAGCUCUAUUGGGAUUCGCAUGAUCCUACAUCUGUCUAUGCUUUUGAUUUUAUCUG